UAGAAUGGAAGUUCAGAAUCUUUCCUUUUUAAAUCUGUUCUCAAGAGAGGUGUGGACCGUUGCAGUGUUUUUAUUUGUUUUCUUGAUUGUGUUUGAUGUUCUCCACACUCGUGUUCCCAAGAAUUUUCCACCUGGUCCCUUCGGACUGCCGUUUUUCGGUAAUAUCUUUCAGCUGGACCUAAAGAAUCCUCAUCUCCAGUUUUGCAAGUUUGCAGAGAAGUAUGGAGAUAUUUUUAGCCUGAGGAUUGGAUAUUCUUACCUUGUUGUCAUAAAUGGUUUAAAUGCUUUUAAAGAGGCUGUGGUUCACCAGACAGAUGAUUUUGCGGGAACAGCAACAUUUCCAGUUUUUGAUGAUCUUGUCAAGGGACACGGCUACAUGGACCACUCAUAAAUCAUUACAAAUGCCACCUGUAUUUCACUGCACAGGUAUACAGUUCUCGAAUGGAAACGUAUGGAAAGAGCAACGGAA